CUGAGCGGCUGGGACCUUGAGCGCGGCAGGCCGGCGUCAGAGCCAGCAGGGAGCGGGAAGCAGGGGGAAGCGACACCAAGAAAGCAAGCGCGCCGGAGAGGGGUCUAGGGACUCGCGAAGCCGUACAGAGCUUCCGCGCACGGCGUCCCACUGGCCUCUCCCGGCCCGUGCCAGCCCUAGGGACCACGCUUCCAGGUACCCAGUGAAGCCACCGCCGAGGACAGCGCGCCGCUCGCCGCAGCGAGGCCCGGGGCGGCCCCGCAGGGACCACCCCCAGACCGCCUGGGCCGCCCGGAUGUGCACUAAAAUGGAACAGCCCUUCUACCACGACGACUCAUACACAACCGCGGGAUACGGCCGGGCUCCGGGCGGCCUCUCUCUACACGACUACAAACUCCUGAAACCUAGCCUGGCGCUUAACCUGACCGACCCUUACCGAGGUCUGAAAGCACCUGGGGCGCGCGGCCCCGGUCCAGAGGGCAGCGGUGGUGGCAGCUACUUUUCCGGCCAGAGCUCGGACACAGGAGCGUCGCUUAAGCUCGCCUCAUCAGAGCUGGAGCGCCUGAUUGUCCCCAACAGCAACGGCGUGAUCACGACGACGCCCACGCCCCCGGGACAGUACUUUUACCCUCGCGGGGGUGGCAGCGGUGGAAGUGCGGGGGGCGCAGGGGGCGGCGUCACCGAGGAGCAGGAGGGCUUUGCCGACGGCUUUGUCAAAGCCCUGGACGACCUGCACAAGAUGAACCACGUGACGCCCCCCAACGUGUCCCUGGGCGCCAGCGGGGGACCCCCAGCGGGGCCCGGGGGUGUCUAUGCCGGCCCGGAGCCUCCUCCCGUCUACACCAACCUCAGCAGCUAUUCCCCAGCCUCUGCGCCCUCCGGAGGCGCCGGGGCCGCCGUCGGGACCGGCAGCUCGUAUCCGACGGCCACCAUCAGCUACCUCCCACACGCGCCGCCCUUCGCCGGCGGCCACCCAGCGCAGCUGGGCCUGGGCCGCGGCGCCUCCACCUUCAAGGAGGAACCACAGACCGUGCCUGAGGCGCGCAGCCGCGACGCCACGCCGCCAGUGUCCCCCAUCAACAUGGAAGACCAAGAGCGCAUCAAAGUGGAGCGCAAGCGGCUGCGGAACCGGCUGGCGGCCACCAAGUGCCGGAAGCGGAAGCUGGAGCGCAUCGCGCGCCUGGAGGACAAGGUGAAGACGCUCAAGGCCGAGAACGCGGGGCUCUCGAGCACUGCGGGUCUCCUCCGGGAGCAGGUGGCCCAGCUCAAGCAGAAGGUCAUGACCCACGUCAGCAAUGGCUGCCAGCUGCUCCUUGGGGUCAAGGGACAUGCUUUCUGAGCACCCCUUCUCCGUACGGACAUUCCCCCUCCCCCAGCCUGGACGGCUGGACGCACGCCUCCCACAGGGUGAGGGGGGCAGGCGGUGGGCACCGGUCCCAGGGUUGGGGGGCGCCGAAAACAACACUGGACUCCUGCCCGCCGGCUCUGCGCCCAGUCCUUCCACCUCGACGUUUACAAGCCCCCUUUCACGUUUUUUUUUUUUUGUAUGUUUUUUUUUUCUCCUGGAAACGGACACGAUUCAUAUUGAAUAUAAUAUAUUUGUGUAUUUAACAGAGAGGGGAGGAGGGGGCGAUCGCGGCGGAGCUGGUUCCGCCGUCCGGUACUCAAGCCUGCGGGGACACUGGGGAGGAGACCCGCGCCCCCUGCCCUUCCUCCUCUGCACCGUACUGUGGAGAAGAAACACGAACUUACUCCCUAAAUAGUUUAUUUUAAGAUGUGUUUGUGUGUGUGUGUUUGUUGUCCUGACUUUUUAUUGAAUCUAUUUAAGUAAAAAGUUCUUUAUUAA